CCAGGGAAAAGGGAAAAGGCUGCAGCCAGCCAGAGGCCCCUGCCUGUCGGAGCCAGGAGCCCAGGUGGUGUAAGAACCUCAGCCCCAGGAUGUUGACAACAUUGCUGCCACUGCUGCGUCUACUGCUCCUGCCCGGCUGGGCCUUUUGUAGCCAGGAAGCCUCAGCUGGCCUUCGGAACCUCCACAUGCUCCAGAUCUCCUACUUCCGUGACCCCGAUCAAGUGUGGCACCAGGGCAACGCGUCGCUGGGGGGACUAAUGACGCACGUGCUGGAUGGCCAGGACACCAACGUCACGAUCCGCCAGCUGCAGCCCUUGGAGGCGCCCGAGAGCUGGGUGCACACAGAGGACCGCCUGAAGACCUACCUGAAAGAGUUCCAGCUGUUGGUGCGGCUGGUGCACCACGAGCGGCAGUUGACCUUUCCGCUGACCGUUCGCUGCUUCCUGGGCUGUGAGCUGCCUCCUGAGGACUCUCCAGCCCACGUCUUCUUCGAAGUGACUGUGAAUGGGAACUCCUUUGCGAGUUUCCAGCCAGAGACAGCCUUAUGGGUGGCAAGGUCCCAGGCACCCUCCAGGGUGGUCACCUACACUCUGCAUCAGCUCAACUCCUACAAUCGUACUCGGUACGAACUGCGAGAAUUCCUGCAGGACACCUGUGUGCAGUACCUGCGGGAACACACCACUUCAAAAAACUCAAAAGGGAGCCAAACAGGCCACUCCUACACUUCGCUGGUCCUGGGUGUCCUGGUGGGCAGUCUCAUCAUCGCUGGUGUGGCUGUAGGCAUCUUCCUGUGCACAGGUGGACGGCGGUGUUGAUUACUCUCCAGCCCCCUCUGAAAAAAGAGCUUGACUGUUGGUGGCUGGCAAGGGAAGAUCUCAGCUCACGACAAAACCAAACAGAUUCCCCAUUUAGGACUUUAUAUCCCAGAAGGUUUGGAGUGGCAGCUCCCUUCUCCCUGAUCUGCCCACCAAGAGUUUGGGGGAGGGGAAGGGAAGGGAGGAGCUAGGUAGACAGAGUUCUUGGUUUGCUGAGCACCCAAGAACUUGCAUGCUUUGCUGAAUUGGUCUGAGAAACGAAUGCUUAUCUAUCUGUGUGGAAAACAGAUGAUGGAGUUGGGUGGGGGUGGGGGAUGUCUACGGCACAUUCUUCAUAGACAGAAUUACCUGAGGCAUUCAAAACACCUAACAAAUACAAGAAGUCCACCCACAACCAAAAUAAACAACAUUCAGUGCUGCCGGCACGUCAGACUUGGGAAGGGGCGCUGGUAUAAUAGAGGUAGACAGAAAUAACCAGAGAAAUAGUGAAAGUGUAAAAUAUAAAUAAUAUGGGAGCAAAGAGUUAUUAAUUACUUAAUAUUAUUAAUAAAUUCCUUACUUAUGUAUAUGGCAUUAUUUUUUUCUCUCUAUUUUGCAAACUUCUGGGAAAGUCGCCUCUCUCUUUUGCUUCUACUUCCUCAUGUCCGGCUCACUCCUAAACCACUGCAGCCUGACUUCCCUAUGAACGGCUCUAAAAUCAUCAAUGACCUCUAAUUGUAAACUCUUCAUCCCACAUGAUAUCUGCAGCAUUUUCCUUUGUAGAUUAGAACUCUCUUUUUACCCUGACUUCUGAAUACUUCUAAUUUUUAGAAGCUGUUCUGGCUGCUCAGUCAAUCCCUUUGCCUUUGUCAUCUUACUCAAUUCACCUUGGAAAUGUGGCUUCCCUAGAAUUCCAUUUUUUUGCUCUUUUUGUUCCCAUCUGAACCAUAUCCUUGUGGAUGACCUACUAAUUCUCAUGGCUUCAAAUGCCAUCUAUCUGUGGUGUUUUCCAUGGGGAAGCAAUACAAUCUUGUCUUUGAAAGCGGGUGUUUUGUCAUCAAACAGACUUGGGUUUUACUUCUUUGAGCCAGGCAUUUAACUUCUUGAAGUCUUAGUUUCUUCAUAAAGAAAGGGUAUAAGUAAAUGUACAAAAAGGGUAUAAUAAAAAUAACAACGGCCUCUACCUCAUGGAGGCAUUACGAGUAUGAAAUAAGAAUAUACAUGUAAUAUACGUUUACUCAAUAAAUACAGCACUUGCUGCUGACCUCUAGACCCCCCCAUUUACAUUGAUUCUUGAAAAUCAGCUCCACCUUAAUAUUUUGCAGACAUUUUUUUAAAAGAUUUUAUUUAUUUAUUCGACAGAGAUUGAGACAGCCAGCAAGAGAGGGAACACAAGCAGGGGGAGUGGGAGAGGAAGAAGCAAGCUCAUAGCGGAAGAGCCCUGAUGUGGGGCUCGAUCCCACAACGCCAGGAUCACACCCUGAGCCGAAGGCAGAUGCUUAACCGCUGUGCCACCCAGGUGCCCCUGCAGACAUUUCUGAGUCAACAUGUUCUAAAUUAAAUUCCUUAUCUUUCUCCCCAAACCUCUUCUCUCUCCUCUGUUGUUUACUAUCAGUUAAACAGAAUUACUAUCAAAUCAUAUCAGUGUAGAGACCUCAGUGUUAACCUUUAUUAACUCCCUUUUCAUCCCCACCUACAAAAUAUAGUAUCCAUAGAAUCUAAUCCCCCUUUCCCACUCUCUUGCUUUUUUUCAAGAUAUGGUCACUCAUCUCUUUCUCUGUGGCGACACGAAGGUGUACCACCCAGUUCUACCGUCAAACAAAGACUAGCCAUUUAGCUACAGGGAGUUGAGGCAGCAGAUAGCGAGCCUCUAACUGCUUCAGUUCCUUCGGUGUCUGCCUCACCUGCAGAGAACAGUCUCGCAGGAGGUCAUGUUCCUCCUGGGGCUGUCCUCAUCGGCUGACUGAGCAAAGCAAAGGUGUAAAGGUUCAGCCCUUCUGGCCCACUGCAGGACAAUUCUGAUAAGCAGUAUUCACUCCAGAGCUUAUUGUCAGGGGGGCUGGGUCUCCGUCACAUCUACAUUUCAGUUUUACUUCUCCCUCUAUUCCAUUCUGCUUCCUUCCCCUAGUUAAUAUCUUCUACCUCAAACUAUCUUAGCAUCUGGUUCCAGAAAACCCAACCUAUGACUGACAAUCUUUUUCUUUCUUCCUUCCCUUCCUUCCUUCUUACUUCCUUCUCUCUCUCUCUCUUUCUCCAGAUUGAGAGAUUUUUUCGAUCUUGUAUGUGGACUAUCGCAGUAGCCUCCUCCUAACUAUUCUCCUGGCCUCUAAUUUCUCUGAGUUCUUAUUCAUCUACAUGGCAAUAAACAAACAAACAAACAGAUCUGAUCGUGUUAUUGUUGUUCUGCUUUGUAAAUUCCCCAUACUUGUUGAGCUAAAUUCAGAAUCCUCAAAAUAAUAUUCAAGGUCUUGUACAAUCUGGCCUCAUCCUAAAUUUCAAAUUUUAUAUCCUACCACUUCUCUUCACCCCACUGUGCUUUAGGCUAUCAAUUUAAAAAGCAUAUUUUUAAAUAACAGAAGUAAUACAACAAUACUAGCAACACAGAAAUUUACAAAGAAAGCUUUACAAAGAGAAAAGUGAAAGACCUUUGUGUUCUCUUUCUCCCAAACCCUUAUCUCAACAGUAUGCCAAGAUUCUUAGUUUCCAGCAACAGAAACCAACACUGCCAACUUCAGGAAGAAAUAAACAUACUGGAAGGUUAUCAUGUAAUCCUCAGUUUGAUAGGAAGGCUAGCUAAUUAAGCUCAGAAAAUAGAACCAGGAAUCUCAGCCAAAGUCACAACAGAGGAAUGAUCUAGGUAAGGGGACCACUGCUGGAACCACUACCUCUAUCACCACUGCAUGCUGCCAUCUUACAUGAAUUCUACUCUGUCCCUUGUGUUUUUACACUAUUUGUUCAAGAUUCAAAGUCCUGAUGGGAGUGUCCAAAUGACCAAGCCUAAAUCAUUUUGCCCUUGCCUUAGCUGAAAGAGGGGAAGAGGGAAACUUUAUGAGAUGUAGCAAGACUAUAGGGAAAUGUAUAGCUGUAAGUGCCUAUAUUAAAAAGAAGAAAUAUAUCAAAUCAAUAACUUAACUUUCCACCUAAAGAAGAUAGAAAAAGAGAAGUAAUCCAAACCUAAAUCAAGCAGAAAAAGGGAAAUAAUAAGUAUUAGAG